AUGCGGUCCCUUAUGCCCGACCAGCCUCCGCCUCAGGUUGAAAAAUUUGAUGGCACGACGAAUCCAGAUCAUCAUUUGCGGAACUUCAUUGAUUUUAUGGAUUUUUACACUCAAAGUGACCCGGUAAAAUGUUGGGCUUUCUCCCUGCCACUGAGAGGUGAAGCCCUAGAGUGGUAUUACACCCUUCCACCCAAUUCGGUGGAUAAUUUUCGCACACUGAUGGGCAUGUUCAAAAAACAAUACUCCACCAACCGAUACGAGGAAGUUACGGCGGCCGAGCUAGUCAAUCUCAGACAGGGGAAAGACGAAACUCUAAGAGCCUUCAUGCAUCGAUACAAUCACGCCGCUCGGAGGAUAAAAGGUGACAGUCCCGAGUUCAUCAUUAGUAGUCUGCCCAAUUGCCUAAAAGCGGGAUUCGUCUCAAAAAGCUUAUACGCCGAGUUACCCAGUACGUUGGACGAAUUGCAGCAAAAAAUGGCCAAAUUUAUUAAGAUGGAAGACCAGAGGAUCUUUCGAAAACAACAACACGAGGAGCACCCGGUGAAUGGUAACAAGAAGGAGGGGAAACGUCGUGUGGAUAACGCCCGGGAUCAGAAACCCCCAGCAAAUCUAAACACAAGGUACGAUCGUUAUGCGCACCUCACUGUCCCUAGAGAAAAGGUACUGGAGAGGGCUUUGCAGUCCAACCUGAUCUUUCAAAGAAGAAAAUUUCCACCUAAGAACGUGGACUUGUCGCAGAUAUGCCGAUUCCAUAAUUCAGGGGGACAUACCACUGAAGGCUGUCAAACCCUUAAAGACGAAUUAGAGAAGUUGAUCCGUGCCGGACACCUCCGGGAAUUCGUGAAAGAGGAAUCUGCCCGUGCAGGACACUCCCCCAGAAAGACACGAAGAAGCCCAGAACAUGCAAAGCAGAAGGGUAACCACUCACGCGACCGUUCUCGUAGUCCCCCAAGACACAGAUCCCGUAGUUGA